AUGGCCAUGGCUGAGAAACAGAUCUUUGUUUCCAUGCUCUUUGUUUUGCUUUUAGUUGUUUUUUCUAGUGCUAGUCAUCACCAUGCAGUAAAUGAAGAAGAAGAAGAAGCAGACAGGAUAUCUUCACUUCCUGGCCAGCCUAAGGUCUCUUUUCAACAAUUCUCUGGCUAUGUUCCUGUUAACAAAGCUGUUGGUAGAGCUCUCUUUUACUGGCUCGCUGAGGCUGUCCAUGACCCCUUGUCCAAACCGUUGGUUGUUUGGCUCAAUGGAGGUCCUGGGUGCUCUUCUGUGGCAUAUGGUGCUUCUGAGGAAAUAGGCCCAUUUAGAGUCAACAAGACUGCUUCAGGGUUGUACCUUAACAAGUUCUCAUGGAACUCUGUGGCCAACCUCUUGUUCUUGGAAGCUCCUGCUGGAGUUGGCUUCUCUUACAGCAACCGGUCCUCUGAUUUGCUUGAUACUGGCGAUAUUCGCACUGCCAAGGACUCAUUGGAAUUUCUGGUUGGAUGGAUGAAUCGAUUCCCACGAUACAAGCACCGAGAAGUAUAUCUUACCGGAGAGAGUUAUGCAGGCCAUUAUGUUCCUCAGUUGGCUAGAGAAAUUGUGACGUACAACAAAAGGUCCAAGCAUCCAAUAAAUCUCAAAGGAUUUAUGGUUGGGAAUGCAGUUACAGACACCUAUUAUGACAACCUUGGAACAGUGACGUACUGGUGGAGCCACGCGAUGAUCUCCGAUAAAACAUAUCGGCAGCUCAUCAACUCUUGUGAUUUGGGAAGGCAAAAAGAAUCAGACGAAUGUGAAUCAUUGUAUAGCUAUGCCAUGGAUCAAGAAUUCGGCAACAUUGAUCAGUACAACAUUUAUGCACCCCCUUGUAACAACUCUGAUGGUAGCACCUCCACUCGUCAGACUAUUCGAUUGCCUCACCAUCCCCAUCAGGUUUUCAGGCCCUUAUCUGGCUAUGAUCCUUGUACUGAAAAAUACGCUGAGAUUUAUUACAAUAGGCCAGAUGUGCAGAAAGCACUUCAUGCCAACGUGACCAAAAUUCCUUACAAGUGGACUGCUUGCAGUGAAGUUCUAAAUCGCAACUGGAACGAUACAGAUGUUUCCGUCCUCCCAAUUUACAGACAAAUGCUUGCUAGUGGAUUGAGGAUUUGGGUAUUCAGUGGCGAUGUCGACUCAGUGGUCCCAGUUACAGCUACUAGAUACUCCCUUGCACAACUUAAGUUGGCAACAAAAGUUCCAUGGUAUCCUUGGUAUGUUAAGAAACAGGUGGGAGGCUGGACAGAGGUAUAUGAAGGGCUGACAUUUGCAACAGUGAGAGGGGCUGGUCAUGAAGUGCCACUUUUCAAGCCAAGAGCAGCCCUUCAGCUAUUCAGAUCAUUUUUGAAAGGGCAGCCCCUUCCUAAGUCUUGA